AUGAAGGUCGGAGGUAGGCUGCUGACUUUUAAAAUUGGUAGCUGCCACCUACUGCACGUUUUCCAGAUGAUUGUGGGUUUAUGCUUAUGUGCAUGUUUGUGGGGUUGGAGAGGACCAGUGUGGCAUUUUCAGUGAAGCUCCAAAGGGGGGGUGGGAAUGAGAGUUGUUUUUCAUCUGGCGGAAACAAGAAAUGGUGGCCAACUCCAAGGAUACGCCAUUUUGGGGUGUGUGGGUAUGACAGAUGCUACAGCCUUUGUGGGGUCUGGGGCAGGGCCAGUCCACUCAUGAGGCAAGGUGAGGCAACUCCUUCGGGCAGCAAAAUCUAUAGGGGCAGCAGGUUCAGCCUCCAAGGAAUGUAUUGCUCCUGUUGCUGGCGCUUCCGCAGUGGCCGCAACAAUUGUGACAGCUCUUUGAUGGCUGGAUUUGCCUUCCCCUCCUUGCCUCUGCCUCUACAGUGGCCUCUUGGUGAAUAGGAGGCACUGCUGGUCUCCUCCCCCCUUGUUCCCAAUAUGGGUCUUUAUUCCCCAUUUCCUCCCUGGUGAGGGGGGACACAGCGUUGUGGCUUGCCUUGGGUGUCAAAAUGUAUUGGGCUGGUCCUGGUCUGGGGGCCUGUUUGCUGCUCCCUGUUCAACAAGUAUAUCUGAAAAUGAACAAAUGUUACAAAAAUGCAUGUUUCCAGGGAAGUCACAUGCCUGUUCAUUUCCUUGAGUAAAAAGAGCCAAGCCAGAUCCUAAGCAGGUAAGCCCAAAAAUAAACAAGCAAAAAAAUCCCCCGCAAAAUUGGAACUGGUCUCAGUAUAAUUUAUGCAACCUUGAUUAAACAGUAACUGGUCCCAUUUCUUAGCUUCCGUUCUACAGCUUUCAGUCUCUCAGCCAUCUUGGAACCACUCCUAAGAAUGUAGGCCUUGAACAGCUCAGGUCCAACUUUUCUCAGGAACCUCUUAUGCCUUAUGACCGCUAGGUGGCAACCAGAGAAACAUACCUUGCCCACCACUUUGCAGAUUCCAUGAGCCCUGCUUCCCAGAUAAGAUGUUUCAAAGACAACAGUGGUAUUGUGAGAGCAGCUACCUUCCAUGUGUUGUCAGAUCUGAGCAUUUGACCACUUGGAAGCCUGCGUUUUCUCCUUUCUCCUUCAUGUUUCAUCCAGGAUGACUCCAACCUUCCUGGUAGUCACUAAUAAUAAUAAUAAUAACAAUAAUAAAAACUAAAUAAAUAAAUAAUUUUAUUUAUACCCCGCCGUCCCCAGCCAAGAUUGGGUUCAGGGCGGCUAACACCAGGUAAAAACAAUUGAUUAAAAUACAACUUAAAAACAAGAUUAAGUACAACGUUAAAAUGCAGCCUCAUUUCAGUAGAAACGCAAAUCAGUAGUGAAGAGGUGCCUCUGGAAUGGCUCUCAUGCAAGCCCUGAGGCAAGCUGGUUUCCCCGAGGGCUGAUGAUGCUACAGCCAUCCAAGAGGUGGCAGAGUCAGGUGAUUUAUGUUGGAUUUCAAAUAGGGAGGGAAGAAUCUGUCCCUUCCCAUUCUCACACAUUUCUCAUUUUGAGAAAACUCUUCUCUUUCCUCUAAAACCCUGAUACUGCACCCAGACCCCCCAAGUGUCCCUAUUUUCCAGGGACAGUCCCAGGUUUACAGAAUCCAUCCCAGUUUUUGAUUUGAUCCUGGAGUGUCCCACUUUUCCUUAAAGGUAAAGGGACCCCUGACCAUUAGGUCCAGUCGUGGCUGACUCUGGGGUUGAGGCGCUCAUCUCGCUUUAUUGGCCGAGGGAACCGGCGUACAGCUUCUGGGUCAUAUGGCCAGCAUGACAAAGCCACUUCUGGCGAACCAGAGCAGCACACGGAAACGCCGUUUACCUUCCCGCUGGAGCGGUACCUAUUUAUCUACUUGCACUUUGACUUGCUUUCAAACUGCUAGGUUGGCAGGAGCAGGGACCGAGCAACGGGAACUCACCCCGUCGCGGGGAUUCGAACCGCCGACCUUCUGAUCGGCAAGUCCUAGGCUCUGUGGUUUAACCCACAGCACCACCUGCGUCCCUAGGACGUCCCUAUUUUCAUCAGAGAAAUGUUGGAGGAUAUGGCGUUAUGUGACCCCCGAGGCAAGGAGAUAAGUGACUAUACAACUCUUAGAAGACUUCUGAAGUCUGCCCUGUAUAGGGAAGGUUUUUAAUGUUUAAUUUUUUAUUGUGUUUUCAUAUCUGUUGGAAGCCACCCAGAGUGUCUGGGGCAACUCAGUAAGAUAAGUGGGGUAUAAAUAACAUCACCACCACCACCAUCAAAUAAGAUACCCCUAAUUUAAUCAGAAAAAUGUUGAAGGGUAUGAGAUGGUACCAGAUUCCCCACCCCCUGCUUGAUGCUCACAAACCUCAUUCCCACAGGCCCAAUGUGACUAAUGGCUUUUCCUAAAGGGACUUGCCCAGAGUUUUACACCUCAUUUAGUGAAAUUCAGUGGCAAGCUGAGUUUGUAACCUUGGGAAAGGAAAAAGGAGGAGGGGGAAAAAGAGAAUUAACGAUGUUGACAUUUCUUGUUUUAUGUGCUUUUAGGAGUAGCUCUGGAAUGUGAGGAAUGUUCCAUCUUUGGAAAUAAUUGCACUGGACGUAAAAAGCCAUGCUCCCAGUAUCAAGACACAUGCAGUGUUUCCGUGACAAGCCUUAACCUGACUCUCGAGGGUAAAUGGAAAUGACCGAAGGCUACCAGAAGAGUUCAAGAAAUGCCUAAUUUCCUCUUGUCUGAGUGUGGCUGGUUCAUUGAUGGUGUGCAGAGGAGGAGUCUGGCUCAGCUGAGGCCCCUACUGUCAAGGGUGUACCAUGGGUUGCUAGUGCCCGGGGCAGGUCAAGUGUUGCACCCUCCCCUGGUGGUCAGCCCCUUUGCUGGGCAGCAUCUAAUCAAGGGAAUCUUUCCUCGCAAACUAGCCCCAACCUGGGAGCAGAGAUAAGGCAGAGAAACAUGGAACCAGGAGCUCCACUGUGUUGCCUUGACCUCCUAUGUUUCGGCAAUGCAAGUGGUUCCUUCAGUGCAUUCCUGCCUUCCUCUUGCCAGUAGAAGGCUGGCCCAGGGGUGGUUCAUGUGCAGGUGUCCCUUCGCUGGCCAUGAGGAAAAGGAGGCAUCACCUUGGCCUCGGCCUCAAAGGCUUUGCCCGGGCGCAACUUGCCUCCCUGCAGCUCUGGCCUCAAUGAUGGAGCCUGUUGUGGGCACAUCUGGUUGUGCCCCCUCAGAAAUUUGCACCUGGGCAGUGCUUUUUUUCUUUAGGGAUACUCUCAUUUUGACUCAAGGAAAUUACCAAAAUCGGGGGAAAUAAAUACAGCAAAUGGAAAAAAAGUACAAAGAUUCACAAAAUGCUUAGGCGUAUGCGUACCCCUGCGUACUCCCAGAAAAAAGCACUACAUCUGGGGCUACAGCCCUGUUCCCACACUAUGCCACUGCCUGCUGGGGUUAAAUUCCCUGGAGUUUCCAAAUCUAAAAAGUUACCCUACAUUCUGUCCUCAAAUGAGUUCGCGUGGACCAGUAAGAAAGGAAACAAAGGCCGUUUCCUUGACUUGAAGUGGAUUGAGAAAAAUGGUAAAAGGAUGAGGAUGAGAGUGGGGCAAAGUGCCCUCUAUGUAUCUAGUACACAUUCAGUACCCAGCUCUAAAUGGCUUGAGAUCUCACUAUCAUCUACAGCAACCCUGUUAGUGGCUUUGGGAGCUACAGCCCAGUUGGCACUGACCCACAACCAGCCCCUCUUAGUGGUGGUGGAUUGCCCUCCCUGCUGAGGUGGCAUCUGAUUCUCACAUUAUUAACAACCCGGAGGAAGUUAAUGUCCACCUAGGCCAGGGGUAGGCAACCUAAGGCCCAUGGGCCACAAACGGCCCACGGGGGCCAUUUAACCAGCUCAUGAGCCGCCCCUGAACCGAGCUGCCUGCUCAGCGAGUCCCCAUGAGCUGCACUAAACUGGCACAGCACGGUGCAGGGACUCACUUCCAUGGUGCCGGAAAUUGUGUCUGUGCAGAUGCAGGCACCAGAAAUUGUGGCCAUCUGCACUGACACGUGCACGUGCAAUCUGGCCCAUGGAGUGAUCUCUGCUGGAGUGAACCGGCCCAGGCAAGGUAAACCUUGCCGACCCCUGACAUAGGCAUUUGUUUAAUGGCUGAAAUAUGUUAUUCCAUUGAAAUCAUUAGCUGAGAAAUCAUUAAUGACGAUUCUUGAAUGGGUUCCAGUCAUUUUAUUUGUUAAGUGUACCGCUGUGCUGUUUUGUUUUGUUUUGGGUUUUUGUUUGUUUGUUUGUUUGUUUGUUUCCCAACCUGGAUUCCUUUCAGGAGAAAGGUGGGCUAGGGAUUUAAUAAAUAUGGAAUCAUGAAAAUGGUGCAAGAUACGCCAGCGGUCAGCCUUGAAAUCAUAUGCUAUGAUGACAAAAGAUGCUGAGGUGUCUGGUCAGCAGCUGUCCAUCACUCAUGCUGGGCCGUGCAUGCAUGUGUGACGUCAAACACUGGAAGGAGGCCCAAUGGGGCCCACCACAGCCAUGGGGAGGCCUGAAGAGGCCCUUUGUAGCCAUGGGAAAGCCCACUAGGGCCUGCCAUGAGUACAGGGAGGCCCAAUGGGGCCUGUUGUGGCCUCGGUAAGGUCUGGUGGAGCCCACCAGGGUAGAGAAUAUUGAUGGGCCUGGCCUCCUCCUUCUAAAUUUUGGAGGGGCCUCAGCCUAGAUGACACCCCUGCUACCCACAUUGAAGCUAAAGCUAUCUCUUCUGUUUAAAAUAACUUUCUUUCAAUCCCUCCAGGACAAACUGCUUUUACAAAGAGUUGCUUCUCAUCUGAACUGUGCAACAAAGGCCCCCUCAUCAUCAACAUGGGCUCAUCGGGAACAUCAGUAACUGAGUCUCGUUGCUGUGGGGGAGAUGCAUGCAAUACAGCAAGACCCCUUAGUAGGUCACUGCUUGUCUCGUCCUUUCCUCAUCCUUUUCAUCGCUCGCUUGUUGCAACCUACUUACUGAGCAGUCAUCCUGAUCUUGUCCAUUUGCAGGAGAAUUAGAAUACAUUGGCUUUUUAUUGCGCUUUCAUUCUGAUUUGCCUGAUGGGCAAAUUUGUCCAGUAAUGCACUUCCCAGUGCAUUUCUCAAUUAAAUCAGCUUUAGCUGUGCAACCUCAGAUUGAAUCCCACCCCAAAAUAGCAGUAGUCUGGAAUUUCCCAUAUACUUGUUGCCAACUUCCUGCUUUAGUUGGGAGCCGUUUCUUAAAUAUACUGUAUUUACUCAAAUAUAAUGCUCACCUUUUUUGGCCAAAUUAUGUUGCGAAAAUUAAGGUGCGCAUUAGAUUUGAUGGCACAUUUACAUUUGCCAGCAAAGACUUUUUUUGGCUUCAAGGUUCUGAAGAUUGAGGUACAUAUUAGAUUUGAUGGUACGUUAGACUUGAGUAAAUACGGUAAUUUGGCACUCUUGCAGAGUGAUUGGGAAAUGCACUGGGAAGCGUGAAAUGCUCCUUCUGCAGUAGUUUCUCCACCUUUGGUUCCCACCCUGCACUCAGCUCUUACACUGGCCACACCCCAGGAAUCAGCUUUGACUGGUUGGCUAAAUCAGAUGAGGGUAGCUGAUGGGUCUCAAACCAUUGCUGAAUUAGGAACUUGCAAGACAGGGUCCAGUGGAUUGAGUAGAUGAGAGCAAUUGUGGGUCUAAUGGUCAAGAAGGUGGAUUCUGCAUGUUCGUAGAGGAAGUGGGGGCAGAUGCGGAUGCUCAACCUGAGAAGGCAGCCCCUCUAGGAGAAGGAAAACUCUGAACCUAAACCUCCGCUGCCUUGUGGGAUAUCUUCAGGGAAGAAGAGGCUAAGGGGUAAAUCCUACACAAAUCCAGAGUGGAGUCCCUAAGAUGGUUGGAUGGUACCUUGCACACCUCUUUCCAGCAACUCCUGCAGUCAUUGUUGUUGUUGUUUAGUUGUUUAGUCAUGUCCAACUCUUCGUGACCCCAUGGACCAGAGCAUGCCAGGCCCCCCUGUCUUCCACUGCCUCCCGCAGUUUGGUCAAACUCAUGCUGGUACCUUCGAGAACACUGUCCAACCAUCUCAUCCUCUGUCGUCCCCUUCUCCUUUUGCCCUCAAUCUUUCCCAACAUCAGGGUCUUUUCCAGGGAGUCUUCUCUUCUCAUGAGGUGGCCAAAGUAUUGGAGUCAAAGUAUCCUGCAGUCAAGCUGGUGCCAAAUGUAUUGCUCUGCUCUGAUUUGGACCACAUCAGCGAGCUCAAAAGGGGGGGCAGUCAUCUGGGAAGCCCAGGACCUCUAUGCACACUGCCUAGGUUGAUGCCCUGGAGAGGUCACUUUGGGGGUGCUAAUACAGUGAUUUGACUUCAUCCUGGAAGGGUACUCCAUUGCCUCUCGAGACAGACAGAUGCCAAGAACGAUAAGUUGGGUGUGUACAAUGGCAGACCUUGUGGUCCCAAAUUUCAGUGGUGCCCUGUGUGCUACCAAAAUUGGUGCCCUCCCAAAUCUUUCCUUCCAUUCUAAAGUACAUCAUAAUUAUCGUUAUGCAUCCACUGCAACUGAAGUGGUUACGCUUGCCUAAAUUUGCCUCUGGUGUGUGGAAAAGAUGAUGUCCGGCAGCAUCAAAGUGCAACCUCUUUCUGAUUUUUAGGGGGCUAGCUCUAUAUACGUUUGUAUUACUAUAGUCCUAAUUUUUCACUUAAAGCCUGUAUCAGUUAGGAUUUCUUUGGUGAACCCUUUAUAUAUUUCGCCAACAUCUGUGAGAAUAGGAGCCACCUAGAAAGGGGUUGACAUUUCUGGUAAGAUGGUUCCCCAUGUAUGAAGCCAAAGAUGGCAACAAAUACUCUGCUGUCCUACCAAACAUGCCAUAUGAGGCACUUGGCAGAAUGGGAGGCACUUAAAAAGUGGCCUGAUGAAGGAAGGGGCUGAUAUUUGCAGUCUUCUUCCCAAUCCCUUUGGCCGCGCUGUUCUUCUUGCAUCCCAAGCCUGAUCGUCUCACCUUUCUUUCAGAGCCAAGGAGAAAUACCACAUUGAAUGGAAAGGAAUGCUCAGUUUGCCUACCUGAUGGAACUGAGUGCAAACCCAUCAAAUGUGCUGGAGAUGAGACCAAAUGCUUAGAGAUAUCUGGAACUACAAAUGAAAGUAACUAUAAAUCCCAUAUUCGUACGAGGGGGUGUUGGAGGGAUGUGGUUUGUGUGAAUCUUGUGGCACAAUGGCCUGACCCACACCUAGGGUGUUCUCUAGAGAAGGUAAUCAAGGAGGUAGUGGGAUGACAAUCAUAGACAUUCUUUGAAGACAGUAAAUCAUCUAGACCUGUGGUUCCCAACAUGGGGCACACACCACACAGGGGGGCAAUUUGAUUUUUAAGGGGAGCAAUUUGAAAAGGAUUUAUUAACAGUGAAUAGCCUUUUAGGCUUCCUUCACUUUUUGAAUAAUAAGAAUUAUAUGUCACAGGGGGCGGGCAUCAGGAUUUUAGAGAUGCUUAGGUGGGGCAUGGCCCAAAAAAAAAAAUAAAAAAAAAAGGUUGGGAACCACAGCCCUAGACGAAUCACAGUCUGGUUUCAGACGAGAGCCUUUGGUGUGGUGGCACCCACCCUUUGAAAUGUGCUCCCAGUGUACAUCAGGCAGGCACGUUCUGGCGUCUGCUUAGAAUAAUAAUAAUAAAUUUUAUUUCUAUCCCGCUCUCCUCAGCCGAAGCCAGGCUCAAGGCUGCUAAUAACAAUCAAAUAAUCAAACAAUCAAAUAAUCCAACAUUCUAAAAACAUUUCAAUUAUAAAAAUUAAUUAAAAUCAAAUUGAUGGCAACCAUUAAGCAAAAUUCUGUGCAGGUUGCCAGAGGAGGGAGUCAGGCUGCGCCCUAACCAAAGGCCUGGUGGAACAACUCUGUCUUGCAGGCCCUGCGGAAAGAUGUCAGGUCCCGCAGGGCCCUAGUUUCUUGUGACAGAGCGUUCCACCAGAUUGGAGCCGCAGCCGAGAAAGCCCUGGCUCUAGUUGAGGCCAGCCUAACCUCUCUGUGGCCUGGGACCUUCAGGAUGUUUUUAUUUGCAGACCGUAGGUUCCUCUGUGGGGUAUACCAGGAGAGGCGGUCCCGUAGAAUCACAGAAAUAUAGAACUGUAGAGUUGGAAGGGACCCCAAAGCUCAUCUAGUCUAACCCCUUGCAAUGCAGAAAUCUCAACUAAAGCAUCCAUGACAGGUGGCUUAAAAGUCAUUGCUUCCUUCAGGCUUUGCCUAAAGCACUGAUCCAGCCAUGUUUGAUGCAUUAAGCUGAUAUAGUGAUUUGAAAUGCAUUUUGCAAUUUUUAGUGAUUCCUCCCUCUCCUUUGUGUUCUCCCCUCCACUCCCUCAUUUAACUGUGUAGAAAGAAAGAAAGAAAGAAAGAAAGAAAGAAAGAAAGAAAGAAAGAAAGAGAGCACUACCCUUCUCUGCUUCAUGCAAGGGGAGGCCAAUUGAAGUUCCCCAAGUGCCCUAACUUCCCUUCCCCUUCCCCAGCAUCCCACUUGUUGAAUUUGGCUCCUGCCCAGGUUAGCCAGCCACUGAGUGCCCACUACACAAAUGGAAGAGGAAGAGAAGGAACUCACUGGGCAUUGCCACUCUCCUGACAUUGACUGUCAUCUCCUUCAAUUCUCUCUGCAGAAGGACAAACCAUAACCACCACCAUCCUCAAGGGCUGUGCAAAUGAGCUUGCCUGCAAAGCAAUGGAAAUGGGCGACCCAUUGCCUUUGGGCAUGAUCCAACCAGACAGCUCAACUAAAUGCACAGAUGGGGCGGCCAGUGCCAACCCUGGAUCGCUCGGACUCCUCCUCCCAGUCCUUAACGCGCUGCUGCUGGUGAAGCUCCUUGCCUGAUUCCCCAGUUGAUGCUGAGAUUAGAGAGUCCACUUUGAGCUAUUCCUCUUUGCUGCUUGCUUGCAGCUAUUAUUGGGGCCACCUGCAGAUGCUGUAGAACAAGGGCCAAAGGCCACUCUCCGGUCUUGUCUGUCUGGUCCUUGAGAGUCUUCCUGGGACACCUCCCUGCCCCUUUCACCCACCUUGAGCACUUUGGGCUGCCUGGAAUGUGCCAUUGUGCUCCAAUGAUUCUUCCAACUUGCCUGUUUGGAAGACAGAGAUGGAUGGCUGAGUGUGUGUGCACAAACUAGUCUCCUAUGCAAAGGAGAACUUUACAUUUGCUAGUUCAGUUGCCUCUGGCUCUGCCUACCAAAGGCAUGUGGCCCCCAGUGGGCUGCGCUGAAGGGAUUCCCAUCCCUGCUGCAGAGCUCCCAUAGCCCAUAGUCUAAAACAGAGCUUUCCAAACAGUGUGUUGCAACAACACGUUUGUGUGUUGACUGCAGUGUGUUGCCCGAACACUCCCCACACUCCUCCUGGGGCUGGAAAGGAGUUAGUUUAACCCCCAGUUUGCGAGUAAAAUUGAAUUACUGCUUUGAGAAACGAUGCAUGUCUAUAAAGUGUGUCUCCAACAUGAAAAGUUUGGAAAGCUCUGGUCUAGAAGCACAUUUUUACAUCUACUGCCCUCCAACAAGUGCAGUGUUGACGGAGGAAGGUCUGGGUUGGUGUCUUUACUGGCAGAUGCCAUUAUUGGGCUGUGUCUGUACAGCUCUCCUGAGUCUCAAGCAGAGCUUAUUCCACAUUUGGAUGUCUGCAAGUGGUUCUCUCCGAGCCUUAUUUCAAUUUUCUCUUUGUGCUUUGCAUUUGUUUGAAAAUUGACAUUGCUUUACUGCUCUGCUGCUUUGUCAUUUUUGGCAUGGUGCAUCGUUGAUAUAUUGCAACCUACUUGGAUGUUGGUGGUAAGAAAAGGUGGGC